CCCUCCUCUCUCUCUCUCUCUCUCCCCGCCUAGUUCCUACAUAAUACACUGCAAGCAAAAGCAAAAUCCCCUUUUUCUCUCUCUGACUGGUAGAAUAACGAGCUUUGGGAUCCAUACACUUAUCAGUUUAUCACGCCAAUGGAAAGUGGUUUUGCUUCUCCUCGAGCUGAUGCCUUUCCAGCCGGCCUUCGUGUUCUUGUUGUUGAUGAUGAUCCAACUUGGCUCAAAAUUCUCGAGAAGAUGCUUAAAAAGUGUUCUUAUGAAGUGACUACAUGCUGUUUAGCAAGAGAUGCGCUGGACAUGCUUCGUGAAAGAAAAGAUAGAUUUGACAUUGUAAUUAGUGAUGUUAAUAUGCCUGAUAUGGAUGGUUUCAAGCUUCUUGAACAUGUUGGACUUGAGAUGGAUCUGCCUGUCAUCAUGAUGUCUGUUGAUGGGGAAACAAGCAGGGUGAUGAAAGGUGUUCAACAUGGAGCAUGUGAUUAUCUUCUUAAGCCUGUUCGGAUGAAAGAACUUCGAAAUAUAUGGCAGCAUGUCUUCAGAAAGAAAAUUCACGAGGUUAAAGAAAUUGAGAACCAUGAAAUCCAUGAUGAUGUUCAGAUGAUGCGAAGUGGAUCAGAAGAAUUUGAUGAUGGACACUUACCAAGUGGACUUGAUUUGGUUUCACCAAGGAAAAGGAAAGACAUGGAAAAUAAAGAGCAUGAAGACCAAGAACUUAGUGAUCCUUCUGCUAUGAAGAAGGCUAGGGUAGUUUGGUCUGUGGAUCUCCAUCAGAAGUUUGUCAAUGCUGUAAACCAGAUAGGUUUUGAUAAAGUUGGCCCAAAGAAAAUACUAGACUUGAUGAAGGUUCCUUGGUUAACUAGAGAAAAUGUUGCUAGCCACCUGCAGAAAUAUCGUCUAUAUUUGAGUAGGUUACAAAAACAAAAUGAAUCAAAAGCUCCCUUUUGUGGGACAAAGCAAUCGGAUUUCACUCCCAAAGAUACUCCUGGGAGCUUUGGCAUUGAGAAUUCAAUCAAGAUGCACCAAAAUAAUGCAGCCAACAGCAGCUAUGGAUACUGUGGCAACAAAAUUCUUCUCCAAAAUGUGGGCUCAGAAAUCCAUGAAAAUGACCUGAAGGGUAUCAUUUCCUUCUUGCCAAUAACAGAACCCAGAAAAGCUUUGGCUGGUGAUGUUUCAAAUACUCAGAAGUCGAGUAACGGUUCUCGAGUGGGCUUGUCUCAUUCUUUUGGGUCACUGGGGCCAGAUGUCAAUUAUCCAACCAUCCAAUCACCCAAUUGUUGGAAUACAGAUAUUCCCGUAAUACAGUUUGCACAAAAAGCAAAGCAAGAAAAGGAGCCAUAUAUUUUGUUGGAGGAUAACUACAUGCAUCUACCACCAUCAGGUCCACAGAAUCAGAUCCAAGCUGAUGGACUACAAUCCUCUCCACCCAUUAAUUCCAGACCUGUCACAGAAAAAGGUAAAGUCAUUGCCACUGAAAUCAAGCCUUUGUGUACUGAAUAUGGAAGCAACCAUGUUGGAGAUAUUUCCCGAAGAGGACAAGGAAUUAACUUGUUUUCUGUUCAAGCUGAUAAGGAUGUAGCAAAUGCUCAAGCUUUUGGAUACAUGCCCACUGCUACUGGUUCGUCACCUAUGAGAAAUCAAAGCUUUGACCAGAUUUACAUAAACAACUGGAACUCACUCCAACCAAGCAUAAUCCCAGAAGGUGGAUCAUUUUUGUCAUCUUCUCAUGAGGACUUGGAACCCUGUUCACUUCAAGGAGGAUAUGGUUAUACCGAGACUGUUGGCUUCAACAAUGAGGAGAUUUUGGCCUAUGAACAUUUAGAUCUCACUGCUGACCCUCCGAGCCACCUGUAUGAUGGAUUGAGGUUCAAUUGUGAUUAUCCAUGUGAUUCAAUGGAAUAUCCUUUAAUGGACCGAGGUCUGUUCAUUGCAUGA